UAUCUGGGAUGCAGGGAUAAAAUUUGAAUCCUAUAGUCUCAAGCUUCCAAGAGUAUCCACCCUGGUUUCUUACCCAAUCUGUCUACUUCACCCCCUCCUGCCCUAUACUGCUUCUAUGAUACAGCUGAGCUGGCACAGUGAACUUGUACCCCCAGAUCCAGGGAAGUGGCAAAGAAUCAUUGAAAUAUUUUCAUUCUAAAGGAGCAGACAAAUUUUUACUAGCAGCUCCCUUCCACGCCAUGCCUGCCCUAAUGAAGUUGUCAUUUUUCAAAUGGGAGGGAGAACAACUUGGAUUUAAUGGCUGUUCCAUAGAAACACCCUACAGGUAAAGGGACUUACCCCCACCCCACUACCUACCCCUACCUCUGCGCAUAAAAGGCACCCUCAAUGAUUAGUGUUCUGUUAAGUGGCUCUAGCAAUGCAGGCACCUACGGAGGCAGCUGCAGCUGCGGAGAAGGAAAGCGCCAAGGCCAGCCCGAAUAAAGCCAAUCAGGCAGAAAGGCUGUGCACCUAUCAACGCCACUAUAAAGUGUCAUGUCAGAAAUGUAUGCCGACACCUCCCUAGGUCUUUCCAGCCGCCCCAACUGGGACUUGGCGUGCAGACCUGCCCUCCCGCCCAGACCGCUGCAGCAGCCCCGUCCAGGGUCUCCCAGAUCACACAGUCAGGUCGUGCGCAGCUCGUGGCCACCUCCCGCCAGGUUUCUGCGGGGGUUCCACCCCCUCCCCCUCUUCCUCCCCUUCUUCCUCCCCCUCCUUUCUCUGGCUUGUGCAGCGCUGGCCCGGGCCAGCAAACCAGGAGGCGGGUCUUCGGCAAAAGAUAUAAGCGGCCCAGAGACGCUGACGAGGUGCCAGCUGCGGAGUCUCCUUCUGGAAGAGCUGCAGCUGCGGAGAAGGAAAGCGCCAAGGCCAGCCCGACAGACGGACGCGCUGACCGCCGCUGCGCCGCCGCCCCAGCUCGCGCUGCGCCACCAAGGUAACCCACUCGCUAGAGCCCGGACCCGAAAUGGAAACGGUCCAGGAGCUGAUUCCUCUGGCUAAGGAGAUGAUGUCUCAGAAGUCCAAGGGGAAGCUCGUCAAGCUGUACGUGCUGGGCAGUGUGCUGGCCCUCUUCGGCGUGGUGCUGGGCCUGAUGGAGACAGUGUGCAGCCCCUUCACAGCAGCUAGCCGUCUGCGGGACGAGGAGGCAAUGGUGGCUGAGCUGCGGGGCGCUCAGGAGCGACAGGCCCAACGCAGGCAAGCCCUGCUGGAGAAAGGCAAGCAGCCAGAGGAAGCCCUGCUCGGUUGCCGGGCCCACUCCCACCGGCAGCAUGCCUCCUAGGAACUCCAGAUCAGCAGAAGGGAAGGGGGGACAGACAGAAAGACAGACAGACAGAGACAGACAGACAGAUCCUGACUCAAAUGGGAGACAAGAGGAGCCAUGUGCCCUUUGAGAGAAGUCACUGACACCUAGAACUGACCUGCCACGUGGAUCCACCAAAAGGAGUUUGGGAUUGAGUUUUGCUGCUAUGCAGCAUUGUGUUGUGAUAAUAUAUCCAAAAUUGUGUAUCUGUAAGCUAUCUGAGAAUCUAUUGUUUUGCACUAGGGAAGAAGGAGAAAUGCUUUUUGUACUAUUAUUAUUAUUUUUAUUAUUAUAAUUAACACCAUUUUGCAUUUUGAAAUAAAAACGUUUUAUACUGUA